ACACCUACUUUCCAUCUUUACUGAAUAAAAGAGAGGAUUUUAUGAAUUGCAACCGAAUACCGCAUCUGUCUAUCAUUAGUAGUGUCAAUUAGUGGUGUCAAGGCAUAAUACUACUAAUUUCAAUAGUGGAAUCCUAUUGAAACACAAAUGAAACCAAAAAGUAAACCACAAGGACUGAGAGAAGGUCAUGAAUAUUCGUUAAAGCAGAGCAUACUUUCUGUGAAGGAUGAUACCUCUGACCAAUUACAAGACUGUUUGAGCAGAUCGAAUGCAAACUAUCCACAGGAAUUGACCGAUAUCAUUUUAACAGUGCAUAAAACAAAACAAGAUAUGUACGAACGAAAACCAAGACGCGCCCGCAGUGUGGGUCGAGGUUCUCCAUCGCAAGAUAGUGGAUCUGAGAGUGCUCCUUUACUAAAUUCUGGGUCUUAUACAAGUAUAUGGCCUAUGAUUUUUCAUGAUUCAGAAACCAGUGAUUUAGACUCGAGUCCUACUGCAGGUUCACCCAGAUAUGGCAGUGCAGGAACGUCAAGUCAAACCUCUGUGACAAAUUUAUCAAGAAAAUUGCCUAUUCUAGCACAGAGUAGUCCAUUGCUCACAUCCAACACAAUGAACAUGCCAUCACCACCUUUAUAUUUACAAGAGGGAUACUACCAAAUCCAUAAUUCUUUAUCCGAUUUGUUAUCAGAGGAUACGAGCUAUAAAAAGAGCACUCCGCAAACAACAGUAACAGAAGUGGCCAGAGGAUUUUUGCCAGGUCCUCUACCUCUGAUACAGGAACCACAGCCAAUAUCUUCAAAGGAUAACCGACGCACACAGAGCUCCUUAAUAACCGUAUUUUCAAUAUGGAACACAAUAUUGGGAUCCUCAUUGUUAACCAUGCCAUGGGGUGUGGCAAUGGCAGGACUUAUCCCUGGGAUAGGACUUAUGUUGGCUAUGGGAGCUCUUUGUCUCUACACCGCUUAUAGAUUGUUGCAAGUUCACAAAUACCAUGGAGCAGACAGAGGAGAAGUUACUGGACUCAGCCGUGCCUUACUGGGCCCUUGGGCAGAAUAUAUAGCUAAAAUUUUCAGCAUCACAGUUAUGCUGGGGGCAAAUAUAGCAUACUGGAUUUUGAUGUCAAACUUUUUGUACUAUUCAAUAAAUUUUUUCUACGAUAACAUUGCAGGCCUACCGCUUCAUCCCCCUUUUACAAAUGAAUCUCGUCCAAUCGAAGUUUUGUGCCCUGGACAAGUACUAGUUAACGAGACCAAUAUUCAGUAUGUCCACGAGUAUUCGUACGAUAACUUGGGGCCGUAUUGGGAUCUAUACAAAACAGUUCCAAUAUUUUUGGCAAUUCUUAUAUUCCCCCUGCUCAACUUCAAUAGUGCAACAUUUUUCAUGAAAUUCAAUUCUCUCGGCACGAUUUCCGUUGUUUACUUGAUUGGGUUCGUAUUGGUUAAAUCAACCACAUGGGGAAUUAAUAUGAAUAAUGAGGAAUGGAAGAGCAGUUGGGAAUUACAACCGAGUUUUCCUGCAUUGUCUGGUAUGCUGGCACUGUCUUUUUUUAUACAUAACAUUAUUAUCACCAUAAUGCAGAACAAUCACAACCAACAAAAUAAUGGUAGAGAUCUGACAAUAGCUUACGUUUUAGUCACGAUAACUUACAUUGUCAUUGGAAGUAUAUUCUAUGUAUGCUUUCCACUUGCUAAAUCCUGCAUCGAAGAUAACCUAUUGAAUAAUUUCCAAAAAUGGGAUGCUCUGACCGUGGGUGCUCGAGUUGUUUUGCUGUUUCAGUUACUAACAGUAUAUCCACUAAUAGCAUACAUGCUGCGAAUUCAAAUAUUAUCUGCGAUUUUUACAACCCCUAAUUACAACAGAGUUUAUGUACUCGCCGUGAAUUUUAUAGUAAUAACUAUAUGUGUACUGUUUGCAAUAUUUAUGCCACGGGUAGGCACAAUAAUCAGAUACACAGGUGCAAUGAGCGGCUUCAUCUAUGUUUUCACAUUGCCUAGUUUACUGCAUUUAGUAUCUAUGCAAAGACGAGGCAAAUUAACACUUUUGUCUAUAAUAUUGCAUCUGAGUAUUCCAGUAAUUGGUGGCUCUAAUCUGGCAGCACAAUUUUUCAUCAGCGAUGGUUGAUGACGGGCAACAAACCCAUUCCAAAUUUAUAGAUUUCAUUUUGCGAUGGAAAUGACAUUUAUAUUUAGGGUAUUCCAUGAGCCCGUCUAACACUAAGUUAGUUACAAGUCUUGUUUCAGUGGAAUAGGUUCGUUUAAAUUGAUGAAGUCAUGCUAUCAAAAAUACAUUUGCAGUUAUUACUAUUACUUGAAAUGGACUUUUAUUGAUAAUAAAUGAUCAUCAUGUACAGGAUCUGACCAUAAAUAAAUUGGAGAAUAAAUUUGAUAACUCAAUGUGAUUUGAAUCAUUCAUUGAGUUUUUAAACAUCAUCAUA